AUGAGUGAAACACCCAACCAAACAAAUAAGAAAAAAAGUUGGUUAUGUGUAUUUCCUGGAUGCAAAGAAUCUGUUAAAACUCAUUAUAAUUGUUAUUCACAUGUAUGGGAUGGGCACUUGAGACAUUUAUCAAAUUCACCUUUAUUUAGUGAAGAUAAAAAUCAAGUAUACAAAAAAAUAAAAAAUAAGUCUGAAAUUAAGAAAUUGUGUGAAGUGUAUAUGGUAGAAAUUGAUCCUAGUCUUGAUAUUCAACAACAAUGUAUUCAUGCAAGAAACAAAUUUUCUAAUAAACAAACAAAUACAACUAUUAAUUCUUUUAAUUUUGACUCUAAUAGUUUAGAACAAACAUUAAAUAACAAUCAACAAGAAGUUCAAAUUUGGCAAUGUAUUACUCAAAACUGUCCAGAAAACCAAUUAAAAGAUGUGCUACAACAUGAUGACUUUAUUCGUAUAGUUCAAAUUAAUGAAAAUUUAAAACGCUUAUAUAUAGCAGGAGAAGUAUUAGCUGAAAAUGGAUUUUUACAAAGAUCUGAUGCUCGUGUAAAAGAACAUAUUGAACCUCUCAAAGGUUGUGUGGAUAAAAUUUUAAAUUUAACAGGUAAGUCAUUUAAAUAUAUAGGAAAAGACGAAAAAAAGUUAGGUUUUAUUGCACAAGAAGUUCAAGAAGUUUGUCCUGAAUUAGUUCAUGAAGAUGAAUUUGGAUUAUCUGUUGAUGUUAUUGGUAUAAUUCCUAUUUUAGUUGAAGCAUUAAAAGAAAUUCAUAAAGCAGCAUCAGAAACAAAAAACAAUAACUCUUCUAAACUUGAAUCAUUGUCAAAAGCAACAAAUGAUGCUUUAGAAAUUGCAAAAAAGUUUGAAAAUGAAUUAAAAACAACACAACUAUCACAUGACAAUUUAUUUCAAGAAUUUCCUACAUAUAACUUUUCAAUGGGACCAGCAGUUAUAACACUUUUUGCUGCAUCAAUACUUUCUUUAAUAUCUGGAUAUAUUGUAUAUUCAUUACCAAAAUUACCAGGAAUGUGGGUAUAUUGUUGGACAAUUACUAUUGUUAUGUGGACAAGUUGUUGGAGACAACGAAAUGAAUUAUCUGAAAGUAUUCAAACAAAACAAUUAGUAUUAUAUUGGCAUAGAGAAAAUUCAUUAUCAACAUAUAUUUUUAUGUUCCUUGGAGUUUUAGCUUUAGGAAUGAGUGUUAUAAUGGGAAAUUCAAUUAUUACACUUUCAAUUGUCUGUGUAGGAUUAUUUUUUAUUUUGGGUAUUGCAGGUAUGUUAUUAAAUAAAAAAUUCAAAAUAUCUUUCUCAAUUAUCUUUACAACCCUUAUCCUUUUCUUUAUUUGUGUUUGUAUUAUCAUUGGAAUUUUAUUUAUUAUUCAACCUGAUUAUGCCUGUUCAUUUAAUGACUAUGGUAAUUCUUAUCUCUUAUCAGUUACUCUUAAUGAAACAAUACCAAAACAAGUCAUUUCAGAAUUACCUUGGAAUUGUUGGUCAAGUUCUUUUGAAUUUAGUAGUCAAUUACCCCCAGGGUUUUAUGGUGUUUCAAAUUCUGAUACAUCAUCUCCUUAUAUAGAAGGUACUCCAAUUAAAAAUUUCCCAACAACAACAAUCAAUGUUUAUAUUACCUGUGUUAAUUUUGUUAAAUUUUAUUGUGCUUCUAUUACUUUUCAGACUUGUUCAAAUAGAACUUCUGAAAUUGAUUGUAAACAAAAUAACUGUCAAUGGAAUUCUUCUCUUUUAUAUUGUCAUUGA